GCGCGCAUUUCUUAUUCGAUUUUGUAUGCGGUGUAUCUUCUUUAAAAUAUUGUCCGGAAUAUCAUUUAGGUUAUAAAAUUGUUUAGUAAUAAUAAUUGUCUUUUGUUUUGUUUGUUUUUUUCCUCGAACUUCCGAACUUUCUGAUAACAGAUUUAUGCGCGUUUUUCAAAAUGUGUCACCACUUAUAAAAUUUGCACGUACGCUGGGUUUGUGUAUUAUACCGUUGUAAAUAUGGCGCCAUUCGUUUAGUUUAAACGGAAAUUUUACAUCACAUAUUUGCGCUGUGUACAAAGCUAUUCUGUUACUCGGAUGUGAUUUCUGAUUUUCCCUUUCAAAAGAUUCCAUACACGACAAGAUUUUUGAUUCUAUGUAAAGAUAGACUAAUAGAUAUAAAUUCUAUAAUGAGCCAAGAAGUAGAUGAACCAAUAGUUACGAAAAUUGAAGAGUCUGAAACAGAUGGAACAGCUAUUAAACAAGAGUUGUCUAAUGUAGACGUUUUAGUAUGUGGCGUAUGCCACGUUGGAUUUCAUUUUGUAGAGGAGUUCCAAGACCACAAAGUCAAUGGAACGUGCAAAAAAGUAUCAGCAUUUCGGGACCAAAAUACUUCGGAUAACAAACCCCAAAUUCUUGGAUUUUUAUUAUGGAAAAAUUCUCAAACCAAAACAAUUGCGGAAAACCAAGAAGCUUGGAAAGUUUAUCAAAUGUGGUGUUUGUUGCCGGAUACCGUUAAAAAUUGUUGGAUACAAGCAGGAAAAACUAUAAACACCUACGAUGAGUUAGCCAAAACUAUUCCUAAUAAAAUAAUCAAGCUAGGUCAAAGUUCUCUGUCUCCAAAUGGUAGUUUGGCUGAAGGACAACAACCUGUAAGCAUGAAACCUAGUGGAGAAUUUCCAUCUGGCCAAGAGUUUAUAGUUGAAAGAGUUGUAGCUCGCCGUUUUAAUCAAAAGAAACGACAAUUUGAGUAUUUAUUAAAAUGGGAAGGUUAUCCUCCCGAGCAAAACACUUGGGAACCAGCAGAUAAUAUGUCUGCUUGUGCACACCUCAUUAAACAAUAUGAAGAAUCUUUGGUCAAAAACGGAUCUUCUUUAACACCAGGGAAGAGACCCGGCCCAGGACGUCCACGAAAAAUUGAACAGAUUCAAAAUAUUGGUGUGAUCAAACCCAAAGUAUUGCCUCAAAUUGUUGAGCAAAUUGGACCAGGAGGGAGACCAGUUCGUAGUAGUAAGCAAAAAGCUAUGGAUAAUGUGAAGUAUUGGUGUGGUACUAUGAAAGCUAACGAAGAAGUCCCAGGGGAAAAUAAAACGCAACAAAAUGUAUUAAAGCGAGAUUAUGUAAUGAUGGAUGACGAGGUUGAAGAUGAAGAUACUCCCGUUUUAAAGAAAAAGUACUUCCAUCCGGAGUCUGAAGAUGAAGACUGGGACGAUCCAUCGUUGCACAGUAAACUGAAUGCUUCUGUUAGUGAAAAUGAUGAUAUCAAUCCGAAUUCAGGAAAAAUAAUAUCUAGAAGUAAUUUAUCAAUGGAAGAACGUAUCAAGUUUAAUAUUUCAAGAAGUAUUACUCGACCAUCAGUAUAUCCUGUUUUAAAACGAGAAGAACGUGUUAAAAAGAUUAAAACACAUUUAUCACAUUUUAAUAACUUGCACAGAAAUUCUGAUGUCGGUCUUCUACAAAUUUCUCCUCAUUUAACACAAGUUACUUUAGCAGCUAUGAAAGGUUUUGUUAAACUUGAAACAAAUCAAGUUCCACAGUCGGGAAUGUAUUUAUUUUCUGGUGUCGAUGGAUUUACCAGAUUAAACGACAGUGAUAAAACGCAGAGCAUGAUGAUGAUGAUGAAACAUAGAGACGAGCCAAAGAAAGGCAAAGUCAUCUAUGCCGAUGGGGCUCAAGCUCUUCAACCACAAAAACGAACUCUCGAUUUAGCAAAAGCGAGAGAAUCUGUGCACCAAUCGUCUCCUCUGAUGAAAUCCUACGCUAAAAAACCAUUUACUCCUCCUACGAAAAUCCAAGCUGCUGUUAAACCUAGGCCAUUUUUACAUAAAGUAGCUGCUGCUAAUCCUGAAUUUGAAAAAUCGUUACUUCAGAAACAUCAUCAGGGUUCUCCCGGAAUAAAACCUCAAAGUAAUAUGGCAUUUGUUCCUAGGCGUACUCUUAACAACAGAGUCCAACAAGGUGCUUACGCUAAUAACACCCCAGAGCAGUUAGAAUUUUGGGAAGACACGGCGUCCGACCCCGAUGACGGUGGCCUGUCGGACCAUUUCCCAUCAGAAGAUAUUUCAAUACCACCAAAUAGUCCAAACAGGCCGUUGACUCUCUGCCCCACCACUGGGAAAAGACUUAUGAAAGCUGAAGGUGAAAAAACGCCUGAGCCUACACCGCCAUCAAGUCCAAAGUCUUUAAUGAAUAUGGACGAUCAAUCUCUGAUGAAUAGGCAAAAUGAAAAUUUACCAACAAUUGUAAAAUUGGAACCAAAUUCUGGUGGUAUCGGAAAUCAAAGUUCAAUAGUGUCCAUGAGCGAACCAGAAAAGGUUAACACCAGUCGUCCACAACCACAAUUACAAACUCAAUCGAGACAAAGUUAUGUUAAUUACAAAGACAUUCCAGCCGCUUCUAACUCAGGUCUACGCAUGAAGAAAACAAAUCCAAAACCAAAUAAUUCAAAUAAGUCAUUGCACGUAAGUUCCAGUAUUUCAAAAUCACACAGUUCAUUAAACGUUCCGGCACGCAAAAUUCAGCAAAAGCAGCAGCAAGAGACACAAGCCAGUCAACAGUUUGCUGGACAACAAGCUAUUCUAACUGAUGAAUCGGGACGCCUAAUUUUAUCUGCCGACGAUGCAGAUAGUAUGAUAACCAUUACUGGAGAUGAUGGCAUGCUGUAUCAAGUUUCUGCUGCGCAAUUGGCUGCUAGUGGUGGAACUGUGCUUUUAGCAGGCAAUGGUGAGACCGACGGACAACAGUGCGUAUUCCUUACAGAAGACGGAAAUAAUAUAAUUCAAACAGGAAAUUCAAAUCAAGAAGGAAUGAUUGCUUUAGACGAUUUCGGCAAUUCUGUAGGGCAAAUUAUGCCCCAACAGAUUGACUUAGGAAAUUUGGUAACUGACGAUGCUGGUAACAUGUACAUGAAGGAUAACGAAACUGGUCAAUACGUUCCUGUAUCAGCAACAGAACAAGGUGGUCAAGUUGUCAUACAGCCGAGUGAAAACUUCUCGCAAGAACCUCCUCAGUUAGUACAGGAAGAUCAAGAUCAGUUAGUCGCGCAAAUAGUCGAUGCUGGCGAACCGGCUCCUGGAGGCGGUCCGCGUAGGGUCGUUUUACAAUUACCGGAUGGUAAUUUAAUGGUAACCGAAAUGGACGAAGAACAGUUUGCUGCUCUCGAAAUGGAUAAAUAGUGUAAAUAUAUAAUAAUAUAACAGUUUUUAUUAUUAAAUGGUAACAUGAAUAACUACUUUUUUGAUUAUCAAAUAUUCUAAUCUUGUAGAAUAACUCGAUAGUAAAAACAUAUUGUUAUAUAUUUAUUUCAGUUAAGUAAUGCCUACUUUAUUUUGUUCUUGGAUAAUACUGAUUUUAUAUAGUUUAAGAUUUUGUAUUAAAAAGUAAGAUGUUUAAACCUUUUGUGUGUGACUGAUUCAAUAUUAACAAAACAAUGUUGUUUUGUUUUUCAAAUUUUAAAAUAAUAUAAAUGUAUAUUUCAAAUAGUCAUUUUAUGUUGUAUAUUAUUUUUAUAAACUGACUUCUUAACGGUAACAAUAUAACUAGUGAUUGUAUGUUGAUUUUCAUUCAUUAUAUCUUAUCGGUAAUAAUAAAAUUAGUUUUAUAAAAAAAAAUAAUAACCAUUUAUUGAAUAGUAGUAUCAAAAACAACUAUAAUGGUUUUUAUCUUGAUUUGAUUGUUUGUUUUAUAAUUACAUUAUUGUGGCGUUACUUGGUGAACAAGAAUUUAGUUUGAGCUGAAUAUACACAAAAACUGACUUAUAAUUUAAAUGCUUGUAAAUACUGGCAUGAUAAAAAAAUCUGUCUUGCAUGUGUUUUUUUUUUAAUAUGUACAUAAACUAAGUUUUAAUUAAAAAUAUUGUACAAUUAAUUUAUAUUUUAUAUUUAUACUACAAAAUAUGAUCUAAGCUCGUUUU